UCGUGAAUGUCCCUAGACCUGACAGCUACCAGUAACCAAAACAAACCAAUUUCAAAUUUAAAAACAUAUUUAACAAAUUAUUCACAAUUUUAUUGACUGUAUAAAGCUAAGUGGAAUAAUUUGUAAAUAUAAGAAUAUGGACUUCUUAGACGUGGCUAAACAUUUAAAUGAGGAAUUGCACAAAAAACUAUUCAAGCUCAAAACUGCAAACUCCGAUGGUUUGCUACUUAGCAUCAUUCAAUCUUCCAAUCGAAAAAGCAGUAGAUUUAGCCACAGUGACUUUCAGAGCAAUGGAAACCUUUUAGCAGUGGCCAAUAAUGAUGCACAAGUUUACAUAGUAGAUUUCCUCCUGCAUAAGUGCUGGAAGUUAAAAAAACUCGAAUCUUUAGUGUGUAUGAGGUUCUCUGAAUUCAACGAUAGACAUAUUCUCGCUGCUAAAUCUAAUGGUAUAAUUGAACUGAUAGAUAUUGAUUCUGGAAUCGUUGAAGCAAAACUGUUGGGCCAUCAGCAUCCAGUUAUGUGUAUUUCAUUUGCUAAUACGAAUGCGUGUAUUUCAUCUUCUAAAUAUGAAGCAAUCAUUUGGGAUCUAAUAAGUUUCAGCAAAUUACAAAUGCUAUGUUUGGAGAAGGAUUGUAUAUUGAAAUUUGUAUUGUUUGUUCCAAUUUCAAACCAUAUUCUAGUUUGUUACAAAGAUGAUGUAAUUCAGAUAUGGCAAAAUGGCAGCUUUGAAAAUUUAAAGCAGUUUCAGCCCUCAAAUUGGAGAAACCAUUCAAUCAAAUCUUUGUGCUUUACUAGAAAUGGUAAAGUUAUGGCUGUAAGCGGAUAUGUUCCAAUACUAGCUUUAUUUCAGUUAGAUAGUUGGAAACUACUUAAAAUAGUAAAUCUUCCCAGUUACAUACAUAGUGUAAAACAAAUUGAAUUUAUUCCGCAAAACUUUGACGGCGGAUUUAACAAGCUUCUAGCAAUUUUAGCUGGAACUGGAAUAAUAUAUUUUUACAACAUUGAAGAUAAUAUCAUAAUAUCAGAAUUAAAAUCGCUGUGUGAUAUACUCAGCUUUAGCAGUCCGUCUGGCAAUGUCCAGUACAUUUCCUGUUUAUUGUGCAGCGGGCAAGUAGAAAUCUAUGAUACAAGUUUAUUACUUUUUAAAAACGAAGUAACUAUUACGGAAAUAGCCCGGGACGACACUAAAAAUUCGAUACAGAGACCAAAGCUAAAAAACUUUUCGAAAAAACUAGAUAUUUCGGAAAAAUUGCAGAUAAAAAAUAUUUUGGAAAUUGAUAAACUCAAAUUAAUUAUAAAAGAAUAUCAAGAAUUUCCAGAAGCAUUUCGAGCUACGAUUUGGGAGAGAAUUUUGAGACUGCCUAAUAAUGUUCAACAAUAUAAUGGAAUCAUAAAUCAUAUGACUCUUGUUGCGUUUAAUCAACUGCAGCAACAGUUUCCUCUUGAGGACAAAGUGUCCAUUAGGUGUUUGAGGCAUGUGUUAAACAAUAUUGGUGUUUGGUGCCCUUUUUUUACACAAGUGGAGUUUUUACCGAUUUUUCUAUUUCCGUUUGUAAAAGUGUUUCAUAAGAAGCCCAUUGCUUGUUUUGAGUUGUGCUGCACUACCAUAAUUAAUUGGUGCCAGCAUUGGUUCGAAUAUCAUCCCUUGCCCCCUGUUAAUAUUUUGGCAAUUAUAGACAAUAUGUUAAUGGAACACGAUACAGUCUCUCUUCAACAUUUUGCUGAGAAUGAUAUAAAACCGAUCACAUAUUCGUGGUCUCUUUUAGAAACAGCAUUUUCGGAGGUUCUCACGAAGCCUGAAUGGCUUAUAUUUUGGGAUCAUGUUUUUAUAAACGAGCCUGGCUUUCUAUUAUGUGCAGUAGUCGCUUUCAUAUCCAUGAACAGAAAGCAAUUCUUUUUGCUCAAAACAGAGGACGAGUUUUGCAACUUCUUUCACUCUCAAAGACCGAUAGAGUUUAAAAAGUUUCUUAAGAAAACUUACUUUAUCUUGAACAAUACUAGUGGUAAAAAUCAUCCCAGGCAAUAUCUUAAACCGUUCGCUUCUUUGACUUGCGGUAUUUAUCCGGCCUUUGACGAGUACCCAAAAGAGAUCAUUGAUUUUCAAGUAGAGCAUAUCAAUUAUCUUGAAGAACAAUUAAAGGAAACUGAAAAGCUUAGAGAGCAUGUUUUACGGCAACAGCAAAAACAGACUGAGAUUGAUACUGAUCAAAAAAAUGAGGAAGAGCGACGAAAAAUUGCGGUAGAGAAAGCUUGCAUCGAAAAUAUCAAAUCAUAUCAGCAAAAACUUAAGACGCAGCAAGAGGAAUUGAAAAAGAUGAGACGUGAGUUAGUAAAUGAAGAGAACGCAAUUAUCAGACACACGGAAAAUAAAUUAAAAAUUAACAAACAUCGAAAAAAUGCUGCAGCCAUGGAAUUAUUAUCCGAUGGGUUGGAUAUGACCGAAAAAUCUAAUGAGAUAAAUGUGAGUAAUCUAAAAGAAUCAUACAAACUGCAGCAGUUGGGCUUGUUUAGGAAAAGCCAACUAGUUAGCAAAUACGGAAAUGGCGAUUCUGACAAGUCCGGAUUUACUGAUUUACUAUUUUCUGCUCACAAGGACACUUUGCUGCUGAAGCAACAUAUUGAAAAGGCCCAAACUGAUUUACACUCCCCCAGAAAAGCUGAUAUUGCUUUAACUAUGUCAGCGCUGGAUGAUUUAAUUAACCGAAUAAAAUCUGAAAUAGAUGUAGAUAGAUUUUCGACUAACUACAACAGUGUAAAGGAAAAUAUGAAGGUGCAUCAAUUAGAAAAAGAAACUAAAUAUUUACAAAAGGAAGUCUCCCAGUUAUUGAACGUUUUAAAUGGGAAGCGAGUUGUCGAAGACUCUUCUUCAAGUUCUAGUCAUCAAUGUUCUAAUCAAGGCACGUGUCCAAAUAAGACUGUUCGAUUUAGCACUAGUAAAAGCUAGAACUUUAUAUACAAUAUUAUAUAUGUUUUAUACU